CUGUGUAUUGACGAGCAACAUAAAGAUGAAGAUCGAAGCUCUGCAACUGGAAAUUUUGGAGCUCUUGGAGGAAAGCUGCCUUCCAAAUCCCAUGGGUUAACACUCCACAUUCCACCCGGUGCCCUUCAGGAAGAUGAGAACAUCAGCCUUCGAGUACUGACCGAGAUUCCAAAUGGCCUCACACUGAAAGACGACGAGAUUCUUGUUAGCCAUGGGUUCCAGUGUUACCCAUCUGGGUUACGCUUCAAGAAACCAGUAAAGCUGAUAAUACCUCACUGUGCAAUAGUCACUGCUCCUAACAGAGUACAGACCAUAUUGUAUUCCUGGAAUCAGUCAGGUACACCUAAACGGCUUCCUCAUUCCUCCGACAUUAUUUGUUCAGUACAAGAACGGUGGCUAGAGGUCUCAAUGAGCCAUUUUUCUGGAGGAUACUUUGCCUUAAUUUGGGACUGGCUAUUUCUGAAGGGCAUAUUACUGUCAUGCAUGUCGUUUCUACCAAGAGUCUUGCCUUCUCCUAGAAAACCUGUUCUUGAGGUUCGUUUUGUCAAGAUGCCUCAUGACCAAAAAUGGCAAGACGUCCAUGCAUUAAAGAAGUCCGGAUCUCAACCAGUGAAGGACGAUGACGAUAUUGUUGUGUUUUGUAGGAGCACACUAACAGUCUCUUGCCAGCUUGGUGCGAAUAGUCCCGAGACAGAUGCUAUUCAGCACAGCAAUUUGAGUUUGAAACCGAAAGAGACAGUGUACUUUACACUCGAUCUAACCGACGAGAGUGAUGAGACAUUAGUGACGCUUAACUUGGUUCAAACCACUACGCAGAAGAUCAAAUUCAACACACGUUUCCAAGGAAUCGACGACAGGUUUACAGAACAGGACACUCCUACACCAUCCACCUUUGAAACGUGAGUAGAGGUUAAACGAGGAGUAGACAGAAAAAAAAGUUACGCUAUACCUUGAAAUAAAUGUAAAGGUAA